AUGCAAGUCAUCUCACACAGAGGCUACAAAGCUAAAUUUCCUGAAAACACGCUGCUCGGGUUCGAAAACGCCUACAAAGCUGGCGCUGACGCAAUUGAAACGGAUGUCCAAGUGACAAAAGACGGUGUCAUGGUUAUAAACCAUGACGCCUCGACCGGAAGACUGUACAACAAGGACUUGACUAUUGUCGAUUCUACUCUGGAGGAAUUGAAAAAGCUGAGGACCAUAAACGGAGACCAACAAAUACUAACGUUGGAAGAACUGUUGCACUGGCUUCUAGAACACAGAGAUACCAAACUUCUACUGGAUGUCAAACCCCUAUUGCCAAAGAUAGCCAUGGUCAAGAUUUACACCAUGAUGCUCAGAGUGAGUGAAGACGUGUCGUUCUGGCACGAGCACGUGAUGUGGGGUCUAUGGAGCGUCGAUUGGGUUGAGUACGGUGUCGAGACAGGUGUGCUCAAACACUUUGACGUUGUUGCAAUCACCCUAUCACUGGACGUGGCCCGUAAAUUUGUGGACUUCUUCAAAGAGCUGGAAGACGAUAACUACAACCUACUCUCCAUAAGCGUCCAUUUUGUAUCAACAUGGACUGAACAGUUCAGAUUCGAAAUUUUGCCAAUACUGAAAAGAGAACGUAUACAGUUAUUUGUCUGGACAGUGAAUAAUAUCAUCGAUGUGAAAUACUUGAACCAAUACUCAGUAGACCCACAAAUGAUCGGUAUAGUAACGGACGAUCCACAAGAAGCUAAAGAGGUUUUAGUACCUGCUUUCAAACCAUUGCCAACCACAGAGAAAAAGUCCGACUUUGUAGCUUUUAAGGCUCCAAAAUGGACCACAAAGGACGGUUUCAGAUUCCAUUCAUACUUGAUAAUAUACCAAUUUGUUACAGCUCUUCUGUUCUCUUCUUGGUUUAGAAAGGAAUUUGUCCCGGGCUAUUCAAUUGCCUCCUUAAUGUUCAUGUUCCUAAGGAGUAUUCACUUUAUUUGA